AUGCACAUGGCGCGGGUUCUGAUUGCCGCGCUCGUCGCGCUGUGCGCGGCGUCAGCGGAGGCACAAUUCGACGAGGCGACCCGGGACUUGCUGAGCGGCAUGCCGGCAUUCAGGCACCCCCUCACUGACAUGCCGCCGGACGCAGAAGGUGUGAAGAUGAAGUGGGUCGCGCCGCAAAACCCGACGCUCGACAUCCCGCAGGGCGAUGUCAUGGAGAUUUUGGUUGGCAUGCGCAACGACGGAGAUGAGGCCCUGAAUGUAACCGGCAUGAUGGGCUCGAUCUCCCUCGGCGAACGGUUUGAUGCCUACAUCCAGAACUUCACCUACCAGGGACCCAAUGGCGCUGACGAAUCUCCCCUGGUGGUCGAAGUCGGCGAGGAGGCAACUUUCAAGUAUGUCACACACCCGGACCCGUCCCUGCCUGUGCGCAAGGCCGGCUACAAGAUUGCCGUCUCUGUCUUUUACAACGCUGAUGGGAUUGAGUACUCGUCGACGCCAUUCAACGAGACCGUCCAGAUGGUGGAGCCCAACCGAUGGAUCGAUCUGGAGCUGGUGUUCAUGUGGGUCAUGAUUGCUGGCGUGUUCGCUGGGCUGGGCUACGUCGUGGCCCAGCAAUUUGUCGACACCUCAGUCGGAAAGCGGGUGCGUCGCUCCUGA